AUACAAUAAAAAAUUAUUAGAUAACAGUGCAUAUAUAAUAAAUUGGUUAAGUUUUAAUAUAAGUUUUAUUUCAAAAAUAACAGAAUUGUGUUAAUGUUUUCCGGCGGUAUAUCUUUUCUAAAAAAAUAAGAAUUUUACUUAAUACCCCUAAUACGUCGGGUGGCACAAUUUCAAUUUUCCGCAUCUACGAAGCUCUGAGAACCGUGCUCUCUUUAUGGAACAUUACGCUUUCCUAUUUCCUCUCCUAAUAAAACCCGAACGAAUCAAAAGCCCGGCCGGUCGUUCUACCGAUGAUUUUAUUUUCGCUUUGAUUAUUAUCCCGCUUUCGGAUACACGCGACGCGCAUUGAUCAUUCCGUGUCACGCGAGCGUGUGCGUGUAUUAUAUUUAUGCAUGUGGUACGGCUAAGCGAUGGAAGAAAACGUUAGCCGCACAGGGAGGCGGGCGGGCCGUGGCAACACACGCACCGUGUACCAUAGAGCCAGUAUACGCCUUGUACCUUAGGUAGGGCUGAGAGAACUCGAGGAGAGAAACCGCGAACUCUUCCCGUUCAGUCUAACUCGGUCCUCGAACUGGUCCUCCCGUGUGGCGUGCGGCGUGCAGCGUGGACCCGGCGUCAGUCACAGCAUCCGCGCGCUGUCGCUUCCCCGACGACACGCGAGAUAAAGCUCUUCUUCCCCGUUGGGCACACCAGCAGUGCAGUGGUACAGGAUCGCGCUCUCCGCGCGUUAUUUCGUAAAAAAAAAAGAAAAAAAGGGAAGACGGGCUAUCUCCCAUUUGUAAUUUACCAAUUCCUGUCGCGCUAAGGCGUAUCUUUAUAGCAAUAGGAAAACGCAGGCACGCGGGAAGAGUUUUACAUAAUAGAAUCCUUAGGAGAGUUCGGACGGAAAGAAUUUACACGUAAAUUGAAACCUCACGCGCAAAUGAAAUUUUAACCGCCUCUCAUUCACUUUGAGGAGGCAGACCUUGGAGACACGCGCGUUAGCGGACGUUCAACUCCAUUUCACCGUUACGAUGCUAUAAAAAGAAGCAUCCAAAUUUACGCCGUCAAAACUGUGACCGCGCGUGAAAAAUCUGUAAGUACCUUUUUAUCUCUAAUGCCGGGUGGCAUUGCCGUCGCAUUAUCUAAUGGCUCAUACGGAAUCAAUAGGGAGACAGGGCAAGUAAGAAGUAAUCUACAGAAACAGGAAAGGGGCCGAAAAGAGGGAUCCGCCUUCCUUCCUUCCUGGGCGCUUUCCUCGGGGCUGAUAGAGCAUGAAACGGCGGGAAGGUUGAUGGAUCGUCGAUGCGAGAUUGAAGCGGGCUGGCGUUGCGCGAGACAACAGAUCCAUCAGCGAAGAUGAGCGGCUUGGCGGUUUGUUUGAUACUCCUCUCGACGGUGCCGGGGAUCCUCGGCGAUUGUUCUGAAGUGCGGCCGCCGCAGUGGGGAACCGUCAGGGAGAGGGUCCUUCAGGACGGUACUCUGCAGAUUGUCUACUCCUGCGAACCUGGCCGUAAACUCAAGGGUCACAAGAUAGCGACUUGCACUGCCGACGGCUGGGACCAUUCCGUCCCGAAAUGCGUCCUUCAUAAUCCAUUACGACGUUUCCGUAACGACCUCUAUCUCGGCGAUCAACCAAUCGUCCCGGACAACAAGUUACAAAGCGCAAAGGAUCGUUUUAAGACGCUAGAGAGGACGGACGAUUUAAAGAAGCGCAGAAAAACGAAGGAGGGCAAGAGGAAAAAGAAGAGGAAGAGGCCGGCGCAGGCGAAAUCUUCCUCGAGACUACCGACGGCAACAAGAUUAAAUGAAACCGUGGUGUCCCAACUGGAUGUCAGCUGCUUCGCGAGGAAGAGCCUAGGAAAGGGACUCAUCAAGGCCCCUUCGAUCGAGCAUGCUCGUCCUGCCAAAUACGCCAGGAGGAGAAACGUCCUGCCGCCGUACAAUCGAUACAUCGUUGCGGUCUACGAGUGCGCGGAUGGUUACGUUUUCGUGGACUCGACGACCGACAGGCUUUUUUGCAGUAACGGCACCUGGCUCGGACGUCGUCCGAAAUGCGUGAGGGACAAUCAAUUGCCCAGGGAUACGGUGAAACGUUGCGAUCAGGGGGCAAGCGAAUGCGAGCACGUGUGCGAGGAUACGUCGAGCGGCAUAAAGUGCUCCUGCUUCGAUGGCUUUCGAGCUAAAGGACCGUCCUGUAUCGACAUCGACGAGUGCGCGGAAGGCAUUGCGAAAUGCGGCGAUAUUUGCCGCAACGAGCCCGGCUCGUACUCCUGCGAGUGCCGUCGUGGUUUUCAGCUGGGGGCCGACGGCCGCUCCUGCCAAGACGUCAAUGAAUGCCUGCCGAACAACGGGCACGGGCCCUGCCAGGGCGCUUGUCGCAAUCUCGACGGUGGCUACGAGUGCAGUUGCGCGGAUAUCCCUGGGUACAAAUUAGCCGCCGACAAUCACACCUGCGAGGACAUCGACGAGUGCGCGCUGAACAACGCCGACUGUUCUCACCUGUGCCUGAACACGCCCGGGAGCGUCUUCUGCCUCUGCCCGGACGGUUUUUAUUUGACGAACGACUGGAAGACCUGCCAGGAUAUUAAUGAAUGCGAGACAAUACCGAAGAUAUGUGCGGAGAAUACCGUGUGCGAGAACACAAUGGGCUCGUACAAGUGUACAAGUAAGGUACAUCCGCACGUGGUGACGAAGAUCCUUCGAGAAAAGGAUUACGACGAUGAGAAUGAGGAUGACGAAGACGAGGACAAUAACAACGACGACUACGGAGAACAGAUUACCGAAGUUCCGCAGAGUCCGAAGUGCGAGAAUGGCUUUAAGAGAAACGAAAAUUUGGAGUGCGUCGAUAUAAACGAGUGUGUCGAGAGUGAAUCUCACGGCUGCCAGCACGAGUGCGUGAACGAGCUGGGCGGCUACCGUUGCGGCUGUCGACCUGGUUACGAGCUCGAGGUGGACGGCGCGACGUGCAAGGACGUGGACGAGUGCGAGGGGUCACCUCACCCGUGUUCGCACAUCUGCCGCAACACCGUCGGCGCGUACGAGUGCGAGUGCCCUGCGGGUCUCGCGCUGACGAACGACAGCGCGACCUGCGUCGAGGAAGCGGUCGGGAACUGCGCCACCCUGACGGAGUCCUGUUCUCACGCCUGCGAGGAUACCGCGGGGGGGCCACGAUGCGUCUGCCCGAUCGGAUACGAGCUGUCGGACGACCGUGCGACCUGCAUGGACGUUGACGAGUGCGCUCGAGAGGCUCCGUGCUCGCACACGUGCGUCAAUCUGGACGGCGGCUUUGUCUGCACGUGUCCGCAGGGUCUGGAGAUCCUGGAGCACGUGAGUAAAUUUAACUGCACUGACGUAGACGAAUGCGGCAGGGACGAUCACGGCUGCCAGCAUCGAUGCGCGAACCUGCACGGCGGAUACGAAUGCGCCUGCCACCCGGGAUUCGCCCUGGACACGGACGGCAAGUCCUGCGUCGACGUCGACGAGUGCGCGGAGGGGUCGCACGAGUGCUCGCACGAAUGCGAGAACGAGGGGGGCGCCUACAGGUGCGGGUGUCCUGGCGACAUGUCCUUGGACGACACCGGUAGAAACUGCGUUUUCUCCGACUUGUGCAAAAUCGCGAAUUGCAGCCACGUCUGCGAGAGGAUUCGGGACACCUAUAGGUGCGUCUGCCGAGAGGGAUACGCCUUGCAGAGAGACGGGAGAACCUGCCUGGAUACGGACGAGUGUCUCGAGGACGAGCACGAUUGUUCGCACGAGUGCGUCAAUACACUCGGGAGUUACAGAUGCGCGUGUCCGCAGGGUAUGAGACUUCUCGAGGACGGUCUCACGUGCGAGGACCCGGUCUGCCCACCGGGACUCCGGCAGGACGAGCGCAGUCAGUGCCAGGAUAUCGACGAGUGCCUCGAGGACGAGCACGAUUGCUCGCACUUGUGCCAAAAUGUGUACGCGUCCUACCGUUGCUCGUGUCCGUCCGGCUGGAUCCUGGAGGACGACGGUCUCACUUGUGCGAGGCGCGAUCCUUGCGCCAACGCCUCGUGCUCGCACUCCUGCGUUCCCGUGUCAGGCACGGGUUACAGGUGCGAAUGCCCCCCGGGUUAUUUGCUGGACGGGGACACGUGCAGGGACAAGAACGAAUGCGAGGACGGGGCGGCGCACGGUUGCAGUCACCACUGCAGGAAUCACGAUGGUUCCUACUCGUGCUCCUGCCCGGCGGGAUUGGAGCUCGGAGAGGAUAAUCGUACAUGCGUGGUCAUUCAGGGCGAGUGUGCGAAAUCGCAGGAAAAUAAUAACUGCACUUGCCCCGCUGGAUAUAUUUACUCGCAAGAAGAGCGCGACUGCAAGGACGUCGACGAGUGCCAGGACGAGCGGAAGCACAAUUGUUCUCACGGCUGCGUCAACACCGACGGCUCUUACUACUGCGAGUGUCCUUUAGGUUGGCGGCUGCGAGAGGACUCCAAGAGCUGCCAGGAGCCACCGGAUGACCCUUGCAAGGAUCACGAUUGCUCGCACACGUGCGAACGGGACGACGGCCGCGUUCGUUGCGGUUGUCCGGAAGGAUACGAGCUAAAGGACGACGGGAAAACCUGCUGGGACGUGGACGAAUGCUCCGAAGGUUCUCACGCGUGCAGUCACAUUUGCGUAAACGUCGAGGGCGCCUAUCGUUGUCAGUGUCCUUCGGGAUUUCAGUUGAAUGACGAUCGCAAGACUUGCCAGGACAUCGACGAGUGCUCGUCCGAGGAGGCCGAUUGUUCUCACGGUUGUCUAAACACAAACGGUACCUUUAACUGCACCUGUCCCGAGGGAUACGUGCUGCAGGAUGACGGGAGGACCUGCGACGACGUGGACGAGUGUGUCGCUUCGAACAAUCCUUGCUCGCACAGCUGCACGAAUCGCAACGGCACUUACGAAUGCUCGUGCCCCGCGGGAUAUCAAAUUGCCAAGGACGGCGGGACCUGCGAGGACAUUAACGAGUGCGUCCACGAUAACGGGGGGUGUUCGCAUCUUUGCGCGAACACGGAGGGCGGCGUCGAAUGCGCGUGUCCCGAAGGCUACGAGCUACUGAGGGACGACGGCAAGACGUGCGUCGAGAUAGACGGGUGUUCCAUCGACAACGGGGGAUGCUCGCAUUACUGUCAUCGCGAGGACGGUCGGACGUUCUGCUCCUGCCCGCCGGGAAUGGCUCUGUCACCCGAGGACGAGACAGCGUGCGCGUACGAGAACGACUGUCUGCAGGACAACGGCGGCUGUUCCCAUCUGUGCUACCACGAGGACGGGAACGUGACCUGCGCCUGUCCGCCCGGGAUGAUCCUGGCGGAGGAUCAGAGGCUCUGCGUGCAAGAGGACGGAUGUGCGAUCGAAAACGGCGGUUGCUCUCACUUCUGUCACGAUCGCGACGGCAACGUGACGUGUUCGUGUCCCGCGGGGAUGCUUCUGUCGCGGGACGACGACACCCUUUGCGUUCACGAGAACGGCUGUCUCGUUCGCAACGGCGGAUGCUCGGAUACCUGCGUCUUCGCGAACAGCUCGGUCGUCUGCGAGUGUCCCGACGGCUACCGUCUGUCGCCGCGGGACAAUGCCACCUGCGUGGACAUCGACGAGUGCCUGGAGCUUCGGGACAACUGCACCCAUCAGUGCUCGAACACUCCUGGCGGCUACGACUGCACCUGCAACGCCGGCUUCUCGCGAAAUCCUCAAGAGCCGACUCUGUGCGACGACGUCGACGAGUGCGAGAUCGACAACGCGGGAUGCUCGCACACCUGCGUGAACCUGGUGGGCGCCUUCAGAUGUCAGUGUCCCACGGGACACGUUCUGGAGCGAAACAACAGGACCUGCGUCCUGACGGACGGUUGCCGGCGCGACAACGGGAACUGUUCACAUCACUGCCACCAGGUGGACGGUCCCGAUGGGAUUCCGGGCACACGUUGCACCUGCCCGCUCGGUUUUCGCCUGAGACGCGAUCUCCGAACCUGCGAGGAUAUCAACGAGUGCGAGGAGCUCGAGAACGACGUGGACUCCGGCUGUUCGCACACCUGCGUGAACACCGAGGGCAGCUAUCGUUGCGAUUGCCCGACUGGCUACGCUCUGUUGCCGGACGACCGGAAGAACUGCGUGGACGUGGACGAGUGCCUGGCCAGCGACCACAAUUGCUCUCACGACUGCGUGAACCUGCCGGGCGGCUACGUCUGCUCCUGCCACGAGGGACACUACCUGCAUACCGACAACUCUACCUGCCUAGACGCCGACGAGUGUCUCGAGCGGAACGGCGAUUGCUCGCAUAAUUGCACCAACAUCAUCGGCGGCCACGUCUGCUCCUGCCCAACGGGCUACGAGCUGUCGCAGGACGGAAAGACCUGCGCCGACGUCGACGAGUGCGCGAACGACAACGGCGGCUGCGACCACGAAUGCGUCAACACCGCGGGGGCCUUUCGCUGCGAGUGUCCACCGAGUCACGAGUCCUGGCACGGAUCCUGUCGGCCGAUCGAUCCUUGCCGCGAUGAAAACGGCGGCUGCGAGCAGAUCUGCGCCGUGGUGAACGGUACCGCGUUGUGCUCGUGCGAGAGAGGCUUCCGCAGGGAUGAGAUCGAUGAUUCCAGGUGUCGCGAUAUCGACGAGUGCGAGGCACAACAGCACGGCUGCGAUCAUAUUUGUAUCAACAGCCCCGGCUCCUACGAAUGUAGAUGCAAGGAGGGAUUUCGAAUGGCAAACUCCACUUGCGUAGAUAUCGAUGAAUGCGAGUGGCGGCGGGGCAGAUGCGAUCAAGAGUGCGUCAAUACCGUGGGGUCGUUCGUUUGCGCCUGUCGCGCUGGAUACACGUUAACUUCGAGGACCCAAUGUCAGGACGUGAACGAGUGCCUAAGCCGAAACGGCGGCUGCACCGGCGAGUGCAUCAACACCGCGGGAAGUUACUACUGCGCCUGCAGCGUGGGCUCGGUGUUGGCGCCCGACCAGAGAACUUGCGUCUCGCCGACGUCGAGAUGUCGCGCCAUGGUGCCACCUUUACACGGCGAGAUCAGAUGUCCGGGUCACCCCUCCGGCGCAUCCGUCUACCCGCAGGGCGCCAAGUGUCAUGUCCGAUGUCGCAGGGGCUUCCGGCUGGAGGGGCCGCACACGAGGCACUGCACCAGCGACGGCCAUUGGAACGAGGAAGAGCCUAUGUGUCUGCGCGAAGUCGCGACGGACCCCCUUUACAGUUCAAGUAAUAACUCUCUCGACACGCCACGGCCGUUCGUGAGCUGCCCCCAGGACAUGGACGUCGAACUACCGGCCCGGCAAAACACGAUACGCGUAACUUUCCCGCAGCCCAAGUCCAACAUGGAUUGGUGGAGAUACGUACACGCUUCACCCCCAUGGGCGAAGCAAUUGCAAGCGGAUCUGCCGGCGGGCACGACGGUCGUUACCUUCACGGCGUGGUCGCCGGUCUCUAAUUACACCAGCACCUGUAGGAUCGUGAUAAGAGUCCGCGAUACCGAAAACCCCAAGGUCACGAUGUGCCCCGUCUCCUUCGAGGUCAGGCUGAGCCCGGGUGAACGGAGCCGCUUGAUAUUCUGGCAGGAGCCGACCUUCACCGACAACGUCGGCGUGGAGCACGUUUACAAAACGAGGGGACCUGGACACGUGAUGUAUCCCGGAGUGCACAAUGUGCGCUACGUCGCCUCGGAUGCAGCCGGAAAUCGAGCCGAAUGCCAUUUCUCGAUACACGUGAGAGAAUCCGCGGACGGUCGGGAAUCCUCGGAGCCGAGAUUUUACAGAAGAAGGAUGCUGAUGUGCCCCGGCAGACCGCCGCAGCCCGUGCCGGGCUCCUCGUACGAGGUGAGUAGACAAGAAUACUCGCGAUUACGCGCGAGGUCGAUGAGAGUUCUCCCUCCCAGGCAGCCUUCUAACUCGACUCUUGUGCAGUGGCAAAUACCAAGCGGUUGUUACUUAAGAUACACCAGAAUCUUCUCGGGGGCUUAUCAGCGACACCAGGAACAUCGACAGAACGGUUACCAGGAGGACGCCGAAGCACCUUAUCGCGAACUUUCGCCUAUCCGGCAUCAGACUGCCGGUCGCCCAGACGUAAUCGCCAGGACGUACAAUCCCGACAAUUAUCGACACCCUGGCCGACAACAAUACCGUCAUCCCCUGCGGCAGGCGCGGGAGCAGCAGCUGCAGCAGCAGCAGCAGCAGCAGCGGCAAUAUCGGCAACGCGCCACGAGGACCGAUCACGUAGUCUCGCUACCGACUCAUUACGGCGCGGGUCGCGUCGAGACUAGAAUAUUGCCGCCGCGGCAUGAACGUUGCACGUAAGGGACCCGUCGCGUCGUGAACGACGUGUAAUAGGCGAGCGUAAGUUCACUCUCCGCCGCGAUCUCCUCCCCUGAGGAAAGGCUGUCGCGCGAAUCGGCACCUGCGAGCACCUGCGCGUGCCCGCGGCCGUAGUCUACGCCGAAGAUCGAUCGCUGUAAUUAACUCCGGGAAAGAAAGUGGAGGCCCGGAGAAAAGUGGAGUAAUACACAUGGAAAAGUAUCAAUUCUACUGCCGGGAAAAGCGAUUACUCACAAAUUGCUUCUUUUUUUUUUUAAUCUAAUAAGUGAAGGUUAGUUUUUGACGAAGAGAGUUUUCGUGAUAACAGUUCCAAAAUAUAUCUACCGUAAAUUUUGGAAAAACUCGCUGUCGUAUACUUGAAAGAAGAACUUUUUAUGGCAUUUCCAAAAACAUGGUAAAACUGAAUCGAAGGAAAGGCAAGAUAAGAAUUAAAUAGAAUUUUUCUUUUAAUUUGAUUUCCCCAAUUGAAGUAUUAAAUUAGAAUUCAGAAUAUAUGUGGGGAAUAAAUACGAUGAAGUUGCGAUAGAUUUGCGGAUGUGUAAACGUAUGAAUUAUUUGAUAUAAACAUUCAUUUAAUUCAAGUACGUAUUUUCCGUGUGCACGCAGAAGUUUAUUUUAAGUAAAUAUUACUUAGGUAAAGUGAGUGUAUUUUAUGGGGCUGUUCAUCAAAGAGAUAUUCUUUGCAAAAAUAACCGUUAUUCGAAAGAAGAAAACUAAAAAACCGAGUGACUGCUUUUAUUAGCAUGAGAAUGAUAUUUCUCUGUGUGUACGAUUCUCUAACUCGCGUAUCGAUAUUUUUGUUUCGUAAGAUAAACGUCCCAGUGAGCGGACACGUACGUAUAUUUGAAUACUUGCUAAAAACUUAUUAUUAUUAAUCUUAAUUGCAUUUUUUAUUACAAUAUUUAAAUUUAAUCAUAAUCUUUAAUUUUAAAGAUUACAACAAAACUUUGACGUUUUUUUUUUUCUAGAGUGAUAUGCGUUUUUCGACUUGCGUUUUUUUUUAACAAUAGGAUAUACGAGUCUAUUAAAGGAUAGUUACGCUUUCGAAAUUUCUCGCGACAACUUCAGACAAACUUGCGCCUCAAUCGAUGACGUCGCGGCAGUAGAUUACUUCCGCGCAGCCGAGUAGAUGAGCAAUGGAAUAAGUCUGCCAUCCUCAAUAAUGCCAUUUAAGAGAUAGUAGAUAGACGUAAAAAUAAGAGAGUCUCUCCGCGCGAACCGACGUGGCCGCGCGAUCGUUUUAAUAAGCGACGUCAAUAAAAUCCCAAGAUGCACUUAUUAAAAACAAUAACAACGCACGUCGCGGCCGCAUCGAUUUGCGCGGAUCGUCUGGCGAUUUUUUUUUCCUUUUUUUUGUAAUAUACAUACGUACAUGUGUAUGUAUACACAUAUAUUUAAUACAUAAAUUUUAUACAGCUAUAUUAAUAUGUCGUCGAUGACAAUCGAUCGUUAACAAUGAUAUGCACGAGUGACGGUAGAGGAGAAUAUUAAUAAAUAGUAAACGAAA